AUGUCCUAUUUACUGAAACCUUCAAAAAAAAAGUAUAACCUCCUCUCAUUCCGUCAAUUCGUGUCAACCCCAGCCAUUUUUCUCGGUUUACUAGCCUGGGCUUCCUACCUCCUCAUCGGCGUCACCUCCAAAGAGGAGUUCAGAAACGCCUUCUACGAGGUGUUCCUGUUCGUCCAUGUCCUCUUUCAGAUAUUCGCACUAGCAUUUCUCUAUUUCCAUCAUAAGGGCUCCCGUCCCUAUGUCUUGGUCUGCAUAUUCAUCUUCGUAACCGACAGAAUUGUCCUCCGCCUUACAAUCCGCUCCACGCGGGCGACUGGAACAGUUACGAUUCUCCCAGAUAAGAAGACUGUCCGCGUCACCCUUCGUCCGAACCCCAGCAGCCCGUUGAAAUGGCACGCUGGAGAUCACGUAUUUCUCUCCAUUCCCUCUGUGGCGUAUCUGCACCCCCACCCAUUCUCCAUAGCGUCGACGCCAGGCAAUUCUCUGGAGUUCUUGAUCCGUGCCCGCGAUGGCUUCUCAAAGAAGUUACUUGAGGCAGCUGGUAGUGGGCUUAGCGAGUUCACCGCAAUUGUGGACGGACCUUACGGGUCCUGCUUCGCGUAUGAGUGUCUACGGGACUCCGAUGUGGCGUUACUGGUUGCUGGCGGCAGUGGUAUUGCUGUCAUCUAUCCUCUUGUGCACGAGCUUGCCAUCACUAUCACUAGUACCGGGGAUGAAGAACACGGGACAAGCCUGGUGAGAGGAAAUGAUGCUCCGAAGAGAAUCGUUAUGGUUUGGGUCGUGAGGGAGGAAUGUCAGCUGUCCUGGCUACAUGGUGGCGAAUUAGAGGAUCUAAGGAAGUUGGGCGUGGAAAUUGUGACACAUGUAACCCAAGGCAACGUUGUCGUCGGUAAGCGGCCUAAAAUGGAGGACGUGGUCGAGGGUGUGGGGUGUGAUUUGAGGAGCAGUAGUCAAGGAUGUGAUUCGAGGAGCGAUGGUGGUCGUGGGUGUGGUUCCAUGGGUGUGGUUGUUUGUGGUCCCUCAGGCAUGGUUCGUGAUACACGAAAUUCGUGUGCGGGGAUGAUGAGACGGGGGCUGGACGUUAGGAUCGUCACGGAGAAGUUUGGAUGGUAG